CGAAAGGGACAGGAAAAGACUGAUCAGGGGAAGGCCAAGGAGGCGGAGGGGACCGAUGUUUCCAUGAUGGAGGGAAAGGCGGAGUCAGAAACAGGGGAGAUGGAAGGGCAGCAAAAACUGACAGUUGGGGAUAAAAGGAAACACUCUGAAGGACAAGCGGACAGGGAAGAACUGGAAGAUGACCAAGAGCCAGACAGAGAAGAGGGAUACCCUUGGGCCGGACAACAGGAGAAAGAACUGAGGGAAUACAUCCAAAUUUUUGAAAGGGAAAGAGAUGAGAAUUACGAAUUGCAGCUAAUUCUGCAAAGGGAAGAGCAGAAAAACAAGCUCAAGACAGAAGCAGCUAACCCUUCCAGACACAUUCCGUGGACAGAGAACCCUUUUGCUCCUUUGGAAAAGGAGAAGGAGUUGGCAACACUAUUUGCAGAGAAAUACUGCGCCUCUAAAGAAGACCAGGAAAUGAAGGAAAGUGAGAGAGACGAAGAGGGUGAGGGAAAGAACAGACAUCACAAGGUCAAGAAGCUGCAGAAAUAUAAACCAACUCCAACCCUCGAAGAACAGGGAAAGAAGAAAGAACAAGAAGGAACGGACAAAGCAAUGCCAACAGUCACCCAACUGGGUAUCCAGUUGCAGGCACUGGAGGCUCAGAACGCACRGCUAAUAGACMUGAACAGGGAAGUUUCCCUACACACAGUGACAGUCCAGGAUCUGCGGAWCAGAGACCAAGAUGCGCUCUGGGAAAGAGCCAGAAAGGAAGCAAACACCCUUUUGCAGUCCCGCGCAGUAAUUCCCAUCCAAAGAGAUGCACUUGCCAAUCAGUGGAAUGUAGCAGUCUGCGAAGAACUGUCAUUUCYUAGAUGGCAAUUGGGACAGAAAAAARAGGAUCUGCUGCAGAAGAUUUGCAAGGGGGGGAAACCGGAAUUCAUAGGGCUUGCAGGGGAGCUGCAAAAGAGAGRAGAGGCAGAUCCAAAGGAUGUUUCAGAGGAAGGGGAGGRGAAAGAGCAGGCACAUUUUGACGCACGACCGCUGCUGGUCUGUCUCGWCCACAAAGCCGAGCUGCAGGAGGGACUAAGAUGGAGGCCUUGGUGGUGGGUGGUGGAGUUGCCCRUCACGGCACUAGGGAGUGACACUCUGAUGACCCAGAAUGCGGUAGCCUUGGCUACGCUGUUGGAGUCGGAAGCGCUGACACAGGAUGCUGCAGAGCUCCCAGCACUGCUGUCCCCUUUUGAGGAAGAUCUGGAAAYCAGUGUCRRCUCCUAGAGACAAAAAAGCAGCUCACAAAAGUUAAAUGAAAAACGGUAAAACAUGGUAACUUCCAGGGGGGAACUCAUGAUCCAAUCCUGGAAUGUGASAGGACUGGCGACAAUYCUAACAAAUCAGGAAAAGUGGC